AUGGAUAGCAACAAAUUGUUCGCGAACACAACAAUUACUUCAAAUGCUACAACUGAAAUUGAACGUACUCCCCGAUCGUACCAAGUUGAUAUCGCCUUUGUUGUCGCCUUUUGCAUCCUUGCUUUGAUGAUUGUGUUUGGAAACUCGCUGGUGAUUGGUGCAUUUCAAGUCAACCGACGACUUCGCACAGCAAGUAAUAUGUUAUUGAUAUCAUUAGCAACCGCUGACAUACUGAUCGGAACAAUUUCUGUGCCGGUGUAUGUUUAUGUAUCAAUAACAUACGACUAUCAAUUACGCACCGUUCAUAUGAUCUUUGACAUCAUCUGUGGAGUGUCUUCGGUUCUUAAUCUUACAGCCAUAAGCUUGGAGAGAUGUUACGCUCUGAUUUAUCCCAUAAAGCAUCGCAACAUCAGCAAACGUAUGUUGUGCAAAAUAUUUUAUUUCUAAUUAUUUCUUACUGAAUUUGCCCAACCGAGGCUACAGAUGUUGGUGCCAAUACCCUUGAAGGUUUUCCUCCUUGAUUUUAAACACCAUUUCUUCUUUUUCUUCUUGAUGACCACAUUGGCCCCGUCCGUACUACUGCGUUUUCGUUUUGACAAGCAAAAAUUUGGAUGCGUUUAGGCCUCUCCAUCCACACUUAUACGCUAAGCGGUUUCAUCGAAAACGCAUCGAUUUGAAAACGCUCUUGAAAGUGGAUCAGAACCAAAAUGCAUACACAUCGUAUAAGUGUGGACGGUGGUUUAGCUUGAAAAUUUUGCGAUUUUUGAUACAAGCACCAAACUUUGUAGGAACAUAUACAUUCUCAUACUAGUCAUAUCCAGAUAUAGUGCCAAGGGAAAUUUUAUAAUUUCAGAUAGUUAGAAGCAAGUAAAUUUUCGGACGCGAGACCCCCGCGCAGUACAUUUCUUGCUGCUUUUUGUGAUUAAAUCCACGUUUCCUUUCAAAAUACAUAUACAAUUGCUUAAAUUCAAAUUGUUAUUUUCUUCCCUUCUUUUUUACAAUACAAUACAAUACAAUACAAAUUUUAUUGUCAACUACCCAUGGGGGCUUUUCAGACACAAAUAUUAGUAGUACAGGUAACAAAAAACAAACAAACAAACAAACAAACCAAAAAAUACUCAAGAAUUGUCAAUAAACAAUUAUUAAGAAACUAUUUGCAUAUAGAAUUUAUGACAUCAAAAAUUGAUUAUCAAUAAACUAUUAAGAAACUAUUUACAUAUAAUAUUUUUUAUACUAAUAAUUUUGACUUUCUCGGAAAAUUAAAUGAAUACAGGCCGUAAUUUGGAAUUUAUCAGCACGUUGUUUUUCUCAACUUUCUCUUGGUUUUCACUCUGAAUUUGGGGCAUGCAACUCGAUCGUUGCAGCUAGAAGAUACUAUUUUUAUCAUACAUGGAGAAACAGGCCGGUUUGAUCGGAGAACCAAAAAAAAAAUUGGUUGACGAGAAGACAUGGAAAUCAUGCAGCAACAUCAAACUAUUGACUGGUUAAAAUGUAUUAUUUGCCAGAAAGAAGAGCCAAAAACUAAAUGCAAGUCAACUGAGAAGCCAAGCUUCUUAAAUUCAAUAGCGUGAAGCACACCCGUAAAACAGAAGAAUGUACUCGGCUUGUCAAAAGUCAAGAGACUCCAUUACCAGUUCACAUCGGUGUGAUGCUUCAUAUGAAAACACGCAAGAGGGAUCUUAUAGACUACAUUAACUUGGCAUGUCAAUUUCGUCCGAUGGGGUACUACGAUUGUCGUCAGAUAUGGCAAACGUUUUUUGUGAACACUUCAAGGAGACGGACACGGUAUGCCCUCCGAACUUGAAAACAAACGUAUUCACUACAGCCGCGGUUGAUAAUCUCGACCCCAACACUUCGUGGACAACGGCAGUAAGUUCAUUUCAUGGCACCAGCAUUUCACUAAUACAGCACCCUUAACUGUGGAAGGGGAGGGGUUGGAAAACGCAAGCCUUAAUUAAGCAAAGAAAUGUGUCUGAAUCAAAGACUACACGUCCACUGCCAUCCAGCUACAUCAUUUACCCCCUUCGUCAUGUCAAAAAUUAAACAAGGUGGUUUAAGAGUGCCAAGUAUGCAGUGUAAUGUAAAGGGUGAUGAUGAAGCACUAUCGCUGACCACAAUGAAAGAGACUGAAUGGCUCAACCAUAUGAGGCAGAAUGUAGAAGACCACCAACACAGAGGGAGAGAGAGAGACAAAGAGGAUACGCAACCCACGGUUGCCAAGCAAGCUGGAAAUGGAAAAGCCCCUGACAAGAACUCAACAGGAAUAGUAUCAUGGUCUACUUACCACGGAGAACGACAGAAACGCGAAAACGCACGAUGCCAGAGUUGGUUGCUGCCUCUUUUUGCAGAAGCUGCGCACUCUAUAGCCAUGAUCUAGCAUGGCAUAACUGUUUCUAUGAAAGCUGUUGAACACCUCCGACCAAGGGCAAGCCGCAGUUAUAGCAUUCGAUCAACCCAUAUAUGGUUUAGCUGAGGAAAUACAAUGGAGAUAUCCAGACACCAUGGGAGAAGAUAAACUGGUAGUUAUGCUUGGUGGACUUUUCAUAGAGUAGCUGUCUCAAAGCAAUAGGAUCAUGGCUGUUGGGAAGUGGAUGGACAGAGGCUAUUGCUCAAGCCGGGAUAACCACGACUGGAAGGGCUGAGUCUUUAGUAACUUCUACGCACAUUACACGUACAAGAUACGUCCAUCAAGUUACGGCAUCCUCAACAGAGGCCCUACAAGAAUUACUACGCAAAAUCCAAGGAGAACGCUCCUCCAUUCCCCGAAUGGUGCAAAGAUCAUGCCAGCAAGAUCCCACAGUUCCAAUUCUGGAAUAUGACCCUCACGUUUGAGUUACUUAUUGUCAUUCUCAUGCGCUCCUUUCGACAAUCGGACUUCAGACAGUAUACAGCUGCUUUGAUGGCAAUUACCCCUUGGACGUUCGCUCUAGAUCGCACUAAUUAUUCGCAGUGGCUACCUGUACAUACUAGGGACAUGGUAGAACUACCAAAUAAACAACCGCGUGUCUACAAGGAGUUCUCGACAAGUGGUGGAAAAUUUACAGUGCAGAAGAUGAGGAAAACUUUUUCUUGUAUACCACUAGACCAGGCUCAUGAACAAAAUAAUGAGUUAAUCAAGGGGGACGGCGGAGUUAUUGGAAUCACUGAGACUCCUGGUGCGCUUUUAAGAUGGAUGGUGGCUUGACCGGAGCUGGCAAGAGUGGUAAAAGAGUUUGAGAGUACAGUAGAGGAGGACAACACCGACCAGACUUGCACACCCUACCAUGAGCAAUCCAGGGCUUGUCAAGCGGGUUUCAUAAGUCAUGUUCAAUCUCUGGUUUCUACUAUAGAACAGCUUGGCAACCCAUUUGAAGAGGAAAGCACAGACCUGAUCUCACUUGUAUCGAAAGACAUAUAGCUGAUCCAGCAAAGCUACUUUGAGCAACAUUGAGUCAAUUGGAAAGGCUCAGUAUGAACUCUUCAUCAAAGAAAGGUAGGCUUACGGAGAGAUCUAAGCUAAUCGACAUUUCAAGAAAUAAUCUUCCUUUUUGGAAACCAGGAUCUAAGAGUUCAACAUUAAAAGCGAAAAUGAAGCUAAUAUCUGUAGAAACGGCUGUUUUCGAAGCUAUACAUCGGAUGUCAAAGUCGAGAUGGCGACCUCGAUGUUUUUCUUUCUCAUGAAAAUCAAGGCUCUCCUCCUUCAUUAUCGGACUGUAUGA